AUGGAGAGCUGGGAGUGCGUUUCGAAGGGAGACAUAGUUUUUCUACUAGAUGAGUCUGGCAGUAUCGGAUCGCUAAACUUUGAACGAAUCAAGACAUUCGUCAGCUCCGUUGUAGGUCACUUCAAAGUAGGAAACAAUUCAAAUCAAUUCAGUGUAGUCAACUUUGCGUCCUCUUCUAGAGAAAUAUUUCCACUCAACAGAUAUCACACAGUAUCUGGCCUUCAAUCUGCUAUAACUUCCAUUUCAUUCAACAGCGGGGGAACGAGCAUAGGAAGUGCCCUUGAUUAUGCCCGAAUGUAUUCCUUUAAUUCCUCCAGCGGAGCAAGAAAUGAUUCGGCAAAAAUUGUAGUUCUGAUCACCGAUGGACAAAGUUCCCUGUCCAACCAGCCUGACCAACUAAAAGCAAUCGGGGUCACGAUAUUCUGUGUCGGGGUAGGAACUGGAAUAAAUUCAGCUGUUCUAAGAUCCGUUGCCACGCACAACGACUACACGUACCUGACCACGUUUGAUCUACUACCAUUGUUAACGAACGAAUUGUCGAAAGGGACCUGCGCCGAUGACAUUAACGAUUGUUUAAGUGAGCCUUGUCUUAAUGGAGGGACAUGCGAAGAUCAGUUCGGGAAAUAUGUGUGUCACUGUCUGGCCGGAAAUACAAACCCUGACUGCUUUGUCCCGGGCCUACCAAAUGUAACGUUAGGAUCCAGUCUUACAGUAUCUGUUGGAUCGUCCGCCAUACUCAAUUGUUACGUGAUAAGCACAACAGCUGUGUCUUCUGUUACAUGGCACUACCAGAAAAACGGCGUCACAACCACCAUAAAUGCUGUUAAUACAACUAAAUAUAGCGGCGGCACUGUAGGGACACCCUCUCUUACCGUAAAAAACGUGAAGGUUGAAGAUAUAGGAAACUAUAGAUGUUUGGCUCAAAACUCAGCAGGAAUAGGUCAAAGUGCAUCAAUGAUAUUUCUUGACUUGCGACGAGGUUCUCCUGUUUUAUCUACGGUAACCACAAUUUACGCCGUCAACGCUAGCGAUAGUGUGUCCCUGUCGUGCAAUUUUUCCUCCAGUUAUCCUCCCGUGGUUGAAGUUAGUUGGUACAAAGAUGAUGUAGCAAUCGAUCCAGUGCAGAAUGGCAAACACUCUGGCGGAACAAUUCAUUCUCCAAACCUGAACAUAACGAAUUUCCAGCGAGAAGAUCAAGGUUUUUAUCACUGUUCUGUGUAUAAUCACUAUGGAUCCAGGAAUAGCUCGGACAUCACAGUAUACUUAUUUGGAGAUACUCCUGCAGUACUAGUGGGAUCAAACAUCACCACGGGACUUAGCUACACCGUCACUAUUCCUUGUCAAGUGUUCGGUUUCGGUGUCACUAGUGUUUCCUGGAGAGUGCAACUCCAGGGUCAGGAAAACGAAACGGAAAUAGACGUAUCCUCAUCUAAAUAUUAUGGUUCUACUACAUAUUACCCGUCUUUAAGAGUUUACAGUUUCAGUCCAUCCGACAUUGGUAACUACAGAUGUUAUGCAAACAAUUCAAACGGUAUUGGUUACAGCACACCAGUCAAUGUAAACAUAGUUGGGCGUUACAUUGUUCUGAACUCAACCAGCUACACUGUCAACAAGAAUGAUGAUGUCAUACUUUCCGUAUAUGUUUAUGCCAACCCCGAUCUUUUAAGUAUGUCGUGGCAGAGAAGUUCUUCCUACUACAACUUUAAUGACGUGAAUAUGACAUCAGAUGGCAAAUACGACGGUGGUUCACUUGAUUCUCCGUCUCUCAUCAUUCGUAACGUCAGCAUGGAGGAUAAUGGGUAUUACCGUCUAAAUGUGUCUAACGCUGACGGCACAACUAUAAGUUCGAGCAUUUACAUGAAUGUUAAUAUUCACCGACCAACAAUAUCAGUGUACUGGAACUAUUCUGUUUAUGCAGGUGAAAAUGUCACACUGCAGACAAGUAUCACAUCCUCAUUGAUAGUUACAAAUGUCACCUGGGAGAGAAGAAACAUCAGUACACUUUUGUUCGAAAUUAUUGAUUUCUCUUCUGAUAAUCGAUAUUCCGGUGGCUAUAUUAAUUCGCCGUCGCUGACAAUAACAGAUAUCACUGUAAAUGAUGAGACUUAUUACCGUGUUAGCGCCACAAACGACUAUGGUACUUCAACAAGCUCCGUCUUCAUUGAUGUCGUGUUACGUCCUCCAUCUAUUUCAUUAGAAUCUAACUAUAGUAUUUAUUCCGGUGAAAACUUAACUCUUGAAACAAUCAUCACAUCCUUCCUGCCAAUCACUAACGUGACAUGGGAAAGAAAAAACACCAGCACAUACGUGUACGAACUUAUCAAUAUACUGUCAGAUAAUCGUUAUAUUGGUGGAGAAAUUCAUUCACCAUCACUGACGAUUAUACGUGUGGAUCUAACAGAUGAAAUGUAUUACCGGGUUGCAGCUGUUAACAAUGAUGGGGUAACAACGAGAACAGUUUACGUUGAUGUCAUCCCACGUCUGCCUGUGAUAUCAGUUGGCGAAACGACAAUUUCGACCAAAACAAGAUCUAGCAUCACCCUUCACAUCAAUUAUACUUCGGGACCGGAAAUGAGGUCAGUCACCUGGGAAAAACGAAGUACCACCUAUCCAUAUGCAUUUCAUACAGUAAAUAUUACUAUCAAUGAUCGAUACAACGGCGGCACAAUCGAUAGACCAAAUCUUGAGAUCGCCCAUGCAGUAUUUGAAGACAGUGGUUAUUAUCGAUGUAAAAUUGUCAACGACGAUGGAAUGUCGACAACUCCUUUGUUUGACGUCAAACUUCAAAAACAGCUUGCAACUAUAAAUGUAUCCGUCACAUCAUACACAGCAAAUCAAGGUGACAACCUUACCUUGUCUGUAGCCCUUUCUGGCACUGAAAUCAACUCGACGAUAGUAUGGGAGAAACAAGGUAUUCAAGAUUCAUCGUUUGCAGUAAUCGACAUAUCGUCAAAUGAGAGAUACGAAGGGGGAUCUUUGGCAUUUCCCUCAUUAUCUUUAUGGAACAUCACCGGCGAUGAUUUUGGAUAUUAUCGAUGUAAGGUUACUAACAUUGAUGGAAUGACGACAAGUACAUCGAUACAGGUCAGCUUAGAAGAUUCAUCUAAAGGUGAUUACUCAUAG